AUGGGCUGUGGCGCAUCUGCGAAGGUAGCAGUCGAGCCUCAGCCGGGAGCUCACCCUUCGAAGCCCGCGCAAGGGGACCAGGACGUUGGCGUGGUCCUUGCUGACCCACCCGGCGAGACCAACGAGGCGAACCAGGCAAACGAGGUGGCCGAGCCAGCUGAGCCAGCUGCCAAGGAACCGGAAGUGGCAGAGAAAGCCGUGCAGCCCUGCACGGUGUCGGGCGAGCUGGGAAGUUGGGAAGCUGUGAAAAAGUUGCGCAUAUCUCAGCCGUCAGCAGACCGCCCGAUCCACCUGAAGCAAGUGGAAAUCUUCGGCGUGGACGGCGUGAACUACGCAUUGAAGACGCGGGGUGGGCAGGCAGAGCAGUCGUCCAUGCAAGGGUCGCCCGAGGAGGGCUAUGGGCCGGCUGAGCUGGUGAUCGACGGAUGUCCGACUGGCAGUGUGAACCACACGGCUCACGAGCCGAAUGGAUGGCUGGAAGUGACCCUGGCUAAGCCACGUCACGUGGAGAGCUUUGCCAUCUACAACAUGCCGGAUGAUGAAUGGGAUCACCGUCGCCGCGCGCACGGCCAUGUGGUUGAGCUGUUUAACGCGGAUGGCCAGGUUGUCUACUCCCAGGUGAUAUCGGAGCAAACGGAUGGUGCGUUCUUUGACCCACACCGCGGCUGCUGCCAGAAAUGGGUGAACGCCUGGCCGGUGGUCACGGCCAGCCUGGAGUUCGGAAUGGACUACCUUGACGACCACGCUGUGGUGAUGGCGACCCUGCAAAGCAGCAAGGGGAGUCAGCGCAGUCUUCAUCCUUUCAGAGUGCCCGUGCUUGCGCCUGGCGUGAUGUCGUACAUCUGUGGCCACAUCUUCUUCCAGUCGGGUAUCACCGUCCCCCAGCAGCGUUUGCAGCUUCCUGAUGGCCGCUCCGUGCGGCUUAAGGGCAUGGAGCACGACACCUUUGUGGACUUGGUCGGAAACCUCAUGCAGGAGAUGUCGCGUUGCCCUGGGGAGAAUGGGGAGCCGGAGACUCGGUACGUACAGCCCGCGUUGGUCGAGGGCGAGUUUCUGACCUGGGAAGCUGUGAGGAAGCUGCGCGUCUCCCGAGAUUCCGCGGACCACCCGAUCCACCUCAAGCAGGUGGAGAUCUACGGCUUCGAGAACGGCUCCUGCCCCUAUGGCAUGAACCACGCCCUUCAGGACAAUGGUGGUUCUGCUCGGCAGUCAUCCCUUAACGGCGACGGGCAAUCUUAUGGCCUCGCCGAGUGUGUGAUUGACGGGGUGCGGGACGGCCGGUGCAACCACACUGCCCACGAGCCGGGGGGCUGGCUGGAAGUGACGCUGCAAAGCCCAAUCAAUGUGCUGGGCUUCGCGGUCUUCAACAUGCCCGAUGACGAGUGGGACCACCGCAUACGCGCAAGUGGCCACCUCCUCGAGCUCAUCGAUGAGUCCGACCAGGUCGUUUAUUCGCAGAUUCUCAGUCCGUCGACAGAUCCGGCCUUCUUUGAUGCAGAGCGGGGGUGCUGCCAAAAGUGGGUGAACGACCGCCCCGUUGUCUUUCUGAGCCUUGCUUUGACGUUUUAUUUCGACACCCUGGAGAUCGAGGCCUCCGCCUCCUUGAAGCUCAAGGAGACCCAGCAGCUGCCCUGCUUCCGGGUGCGGAGGAACGACUGGGAUAAAGUCGUUGAGAGCUUGUGCCAGACGAUCUUCGACCUCUCCGGUGUUCCGGCAGAGUGCCUGCGCCUCUGGAUCCCUGAGGGAUCCGCGGGCAGGCAUGUGACAAUGAGGAGCACGGAGCUUCAUGCUGCCAUCGCACUGUGA